AUCUGUGAAUCAAGUUGAAGAAGCCAAAAUUUUGCGAAGUCUUUUGAAAAACGCGAAACUGUAGUGAAUAAAUAUACAUAAUAUGAUCGUAAAACAGUUAAAACCUUGACAAAAGCAUCUUCUAUUCAAAAAUGGACGUAAACAUAACAAAUCAAACAAACAAUACAGUUGAUAAUAAUGAAGUGAAACCUGAAAUGGAUGUAAAUAAUCGCAUUUGCCGAUGCUGCCUAUCCACGGAACGCCGUAUGGCUAAAAUAGAUAACUUUCGGUAUUUGUUCAUGGAUUUGGCUGAUAUAAUUGUCAGCGACUCGGACGGUCUCCCGCAGUGGAUAUGCUGGGAGUGCGCGGCGCUGCUGAGGAAGUGUGUGAGGUUCAAGCAGAAGGUGCUGAAGGCGCAUACCGUGCUGUACGAUUAUCAUGGUCGUUGUGUUCCGUUCGCCAUAGACGGGCAAGACCCGGAGUUGGCGAAGUUUUCUUCGCCCCACCUGAUGACCACGAAGAUACUAAAUUUCGACACAGUUAAGGGUAAACUCGGAUUCCAUAGUGUCUUGCAGCACGAGAAAAUAGCAAAUGACUCGCCGCUGUUUUACUUUGAAGUACAACAACCGUUUACCGACUGCGACCAAGUAAAAGAUGUGCUAGUGAAAAGCGAGGAUUUCUUUGAUGUCGGCGAUGAAUCGGUGCCCGCUGACGAUUAUCGUGCGAGCGAGAUGGAAGAUGCUUCGGAUAAAGAAAUCAAGCAAGAGCGAAAGAGAAGGGGGAGGAGUAAAGUGAAAGCCGAGGAGAGCAAGAGUGAUGAGUUGGUGAACACCGAGAAACCGAAGCGGCGCGGGCGCACCUCCAAGUUAGAAAUAGACGAGACCAAAAUAAAGAUCAUAAAAUUGGAUCCUAUCGAGCAAUUGAGGGAGAGAGAGGAGGAAUGCAAAGCCCAAACGCUGCCGUUCUACUGCAAGCUGUGCUACAAGGGCUUCAGCUACGAGUCGAAGCUGCAGAACCACAUGAGGAAGCACAGCCCGUCCCGCGGGCCGCACCGCUGCGCGCUGUGCUCCAUGCACCUGCCGAGCAGCUACAGCCUGUCCGUGCACGCGCUCACGCACACGCGCCGCUUCGAGUGCCGCCGCUGCGGCCGCCGCAUGACCGACCGCGACGCGAUCCUCAACCACUACAGAUCGGAGCACGAAGGGAUAACGUCUGUGUUCACUUGCCACGUGUGCGGGAAGAUAUUUAACAAUCAAAAAACCCUCCGCGGGCACAUACGGAACCACCACUCCGGCGGUCGAGCCAAGUGCGAUCAGUGCGGGAAGACUCUCAUCAACAAGGACGCGCUGGUGGAACACCAGCUCAUACACGACGGCGUGAAGAACCACGAGUGCCCGAUCUGCCACAAGCGAUUCCGCACGCGGCACCAGGUGCGCAACCACCAGGCGAAGCACAGCGACCGGAAAGACUUCUACUGCGUCGAGUGCGACGUGCGAUUUAAAACGUCGCACGCGCUGAGGCAACAUUUAAAAAAAUCUGUGAAGCACAAAGACUUGGACAGCCUCGUGCACGGGUGCGCGUGCGGCGCGCGGUUCGGCAGCGCGGCGCAGCUGGCGCACCACCGCGGCGUGCAGCACGAGGGCGUGCGCGCGCACGCGUGCCCCACGUGCCCGGCCGCGCUGGCCACGCGCUCGUCGCUGCUCAAGCACGUGCGCGCCGUGCACAAGGGCCAGCGGCCGCCGCCCGCGCACGUGUGCGACGCGUGCGGCCGCCUCUUCCGGGCCCGCAGCACGCUGCUGAACCACGCGCGCACGCACACCGGCGAGAAGCCGUUCGCGUGCGCGGACUGCGGCCGCGCCUUCUCGCAGCGCACCGCCCUGCGCACGCACACGCAGAUCGUGCACCUCAAGAUGCCGCGCGGCAAGACGAAAUCGAAGCCGCCCGCAAGCGAUCCCGCGAAGUUCAAACAGGAGUCGCCGAUCGUGCUCGAAUGGUCCCGCCAGGGGCAGUCGUUUGAGUACUUCACCGUGACCGCGGGGCCGUAGGGGCAAUGGGACAGUAAAAUGGGAGAGGGGGGGGGGGAGGUGAUAGUCUACCGUCGUCUGUGGGCGAUAGGUGCGUCGUGGCAGCAACACUGGGGUCCCUAUGUGAUUAUUGUGACAAAUAGGGGUCCCGGGAUGGUAAAAACGGGUACAUUAUGCGCAGGGGCUCCAGGGGUACAGUAUGGGGCCCCAUUUAUUAUAGAUUUUCAAAACGUGUGAUGUGUUCUAAAGAGACCUUAUAUUUUUAGUCACUUACAUGAGAGCGUCUAGCUCAGCGCUCGGUGCCUAAUUAGCAACCUAGAAUACCCUAGGUACAAUCCAGUGGAUACAUUGGCGGACAAUAAACAACCAACCACUGUCGAACAUUGCCCGAGGCAAAACUCUGCCCACGCGUGUGUUAGGCAGAGUUUUCUAAUGUGUAAUACAAUAGACUUUGAACGUUAUUGCCGCGGCAUAAGGUUAAUUUCAAUGUAUAUCUGAAUAGCUUAUGGGUAUGUCAAUGAGCUAUUUUGUAAAUAAGUCUAGGUAUAUCAGAGAAUAUUAUUUCUCCGUAAAGAAAAUCGAUCAGUGAAAUAGAUGUAUUUUUAAAGAUCGCCCAUUAAGGGACAUUUUUAAUAAAUACGGACUUGCUAUUUCUUUGAUAAAAAUCUCACGAAGCUUUUUCAUUGAAUGAAGUAAGAUAAUUAUAUUGCAUGUUUAAGUGUUUUGACUGAAUAAAAUGUAUUUUUCACA